AUGAGCCGGCCCUGGCUCCCCACCGAGGUCUACGCCCACAUUCUCAGUUUUCUCCCAGCGGCAAAGGAUCUCGCCGAUGAGAGCGUGAAGACGCUCGUUGCAUGCCUUUCUGCCAAUUCUGCCCUGCGAGAUGCCGCGCUCCAUCCGGGACUUUGGGAACCGCACUAUCGCACACGUUACACCGAAUGCGUCGAAGAGCACGAGGCCAAACGGCGCGUUGCGGUGGGUGACAACUGGCAAAAGCUCUACGUCAUGAGGAGAGAGAUCGACCGCCGGGCACUCGCGCUGGUGGACGAGAUCAGGUUGCAGCUGCAAGGCCGGCACGUGAAGGCAAGAGAGUUUGUGAGAAAGUACUCGUUUGAUGCAUGGGAUGCGCUGGAGGUUGAGGCAGAGUUGCCACUGCCGGCAUAUUUCCGUCCAGCAAGCGAUGCGGACAUCGAGGCCGACAUGAACUGGGAGGUGCCACAUGCGUUGCCAAGACGAUACUGGGCGAGGGCGGUAAUGGGUGUCAUCGCUCGGCAUCACACCCUGCAGCUGUGGACACGGCUCUUUUGUUAUAGUGAAGAUGAAGAUGCGAUUCCGUUCGAGGACGCUUUGGCGGGCCUUUCUGCGUUCUUCGAUAAGUCCCCAAGAAGGAUACCUGUGUGGCUCUGUCAGCUGGCGAAUCGUUGUCGGAGAGUGCUGUCUGACGAAGGAUUUGAAUUAAACUCACAGAGCCCCGCAUAUGACCUGAGCGGCCUGUGUGUCCGAAUACGUGGUAUCCUUUGGGAUCUAGGACAUGACUUCUACAAUUUGAUCAACCAAUUUCCUCAUUCUCUGAUGGGUGAGGGUCCACGGAGAACUAUUCCAAUGUCUUUGAUGUACAUCUUCGUGUCAAUCUGUCAAAGACUCGGCAUUCGAGCCGCGCCGACAGACUGCCCUGGCAAGGUCCUAUGUCACAUCACCCCUCCCGACUCACGAAUGGGCGAGCUGCUCUUUGACCUCUGUAACAAUACUUCUCCGUACGUUUUUCAUAGCUGGGACCCGCCAAGCAUGCUGCUCGAAGUCGGACUCCCUGCCGACGCGUCCCCGGACCUCGUCCGUCCAUGUCGAGUGGGUGCAACUUUGCGCCGCGCUGCGAUGAAUAUCAUGUCGGUGCACCGGAACCAGCUGGAUUCGACAAGUCCUUUUAGCGAGCGCUUGGCGUGGUGCAGCUACGGGGCGUCCUGUAUCUUCCUGCUGCACUCGCGUGGCAAUGAAAUCUGGCCGUAUACGCUGGAUUCGAAACCAUUGGACGCACUGGUGGUACUGACGGACGUGGUAUGCCCCGCGCUGGUGCCUGAGAAGCAGGCGUACUUGGAAAAGCGCUGCACGGAGCUCGUGAGGUCGGAUGACGAGUUUGCGAAGACGUUGUGGCCGCGCUCGCAGUAUUCAAACGUGACGUUCUUCGUUGGUUUGGUCGUGCAGCACGUGCGGUAUAAGUAUGUGGGGUGUAUCAUUGGGUGGCACGUAAAUCUUACUUCUGCAAUGGAGGUACAACGCUUCGGCAAUAACUGGGAACAGCCCUUCUACUGGAUUAUCACCAUCAAUGGAGCCAAAGGAUAUGUAGCUGAGAGCGAUCUGACGCCUGUACGACUCGACAGAAGCAUCGCGCGGUGCAUGUUCGAAAGCCGGACGAUAUUCGGGCGGUUUUUCGAGGACGUCGAAAUGAAUGAGUCGCAGCACCGCGGGAGGUUGCUACCUAGCGAGGAGCUGCAGACACUCUUUCCCGAAGAUGACAGCGCGGGAGCGUUGUGGAUUGCAACGGGCAUGGCGGACAAGGGAAAGCCGGUGAUUAGGCCGCUGCGAUAUUAUUAG